UGCAAGCACUAUUUCAACCAGCGUACGGUUUUGUUGAUUUCAACGUGUCUGUUGUCGUGACUUGAGUGAUCAUUGCUUGCGUAUAUCGCCUUUCUUGGUCUCUUAAUCCGUCAGAGAAGCUUCUAGCUUGUGAUUUGUGUCUUUGAAAUUAUGCCACCGCAAGAAAACGAAGGAAAUCCGAACGCUUCGACUCAUCCGCCCGAAGGCAGUACGGCUAAUUCUUCGACCAGCCCUAACUGGGCUGCACUUAGGCGAUAUCUGUUGGAUAACAAAAUUGAUUCAGCAUUAUGGCUUACAAGAGUAUUUACAAUCAUCACUUCAAUUCUUUAUUUGCUUCCAUUUUUUAGUCCUAUGUUCAGCUAUAACUGUUACAAAAGAGUGCUGAUCAGUUCAGCAGCCACAUCAGCCUUAAGGCUUCAUCAACGACUUCCAAGAUUCCAGUUUUCAAGAGAAUUCUUUGGACUGCUGCUUAGUGAAGACAGUUGCCAUUAUCUACUUUACAGCAUCAUGUUUGUCAACUCUCAUCCAGUCACAAUCAUCUUAAUCCCAGUUGCAUUAUUUGCCCUUCUUCACACUGUGUCAUUUACAAAAAAGUUACUAGAUAUCCUUGGAAGUGGUGGAAUUUUCAGCAUGUCCCUUAUAAGGUCAGCUCGUAAAGCCAUAGAGAAGGUGGAGAUUCAUCAGCAGGGAUUGCUGAGGUUCAUUGCUUGCACAGAGAUAAUGCUGAUGCCAGCCGUUAUUUUAAUGGCACUCAGUGGUCAAGCUGGCAUUGUCAUUCCUUUUGUUUACUAUCGAUUUGUGGGAUUUAGAUAUGCAUCCAGGCGGAACCCAUAUUGUAGACUUCUAUUUACUGAGCUUCGACGAUCAGUUGAGCAGCUUGCAAGUCAUCCUCGCUGCCCAGCAUUCUUGCGGACCUUUGUGUUCAAGUUCACUGCCUUCAUUGAAAAGUUAGCUCCUCCAAUGGCACCACCCCCUCCUCAAGCUUCUGCCUCUUGAGGGGAAAAAAUGUUAUUUAAUUUGCUUCUCCAAAUUUCAGCCUUGUAUAUUUAAGUAGGUAAUAGCAAAUUUCAACUAAUGAUAGACAGAGACAAAGUCAUUGCUGAAAAAAAGUGUAACCUGCCUGUUUGUUUUGUUGGUGCUUGUAUUGUUGAUGUCUUUUCACUAAUGUAUGCUGUACAAUGAGGGAAAAGGAAAACUUGAGUAACAAAUUAAGCAAUUGUGAUGAAAAUUAUGAAGGGUUUUCAAAAUCUUAAUCCAGGAAUACUGCCAUUUUAUCAUAAACCUUUGGAGGACUGUUGAUAGUUGUUUAAUAGUUGGAUAAUGGUUCUUGUUUGUAAAGUUAUCAAGUUAAACUUGUUCAUUUUUUUUUUUUUAGUUGACAUAACCAAGCUGUAUUAUUUUAUGAAGUACUG